UUAUCAAAACCAGUGUCUGGUUUCACGUAUCAGUUUAUGUCCAAUGAUUGCGGAAAUUUGGAUGUAUUGAACGAAUGCACUGAAGUCUAUGACGACCCACAGAUCUUCUACACGUGUCUCUACGGAACCAAUAAAACCGGUGGAUCACAGACUUGGUUGGCCCGCAAAUACAAUAAUUCCCUUCUAAUGACUAUCGAUACUCCGGUCUUAGAGAGUCGUGUGAAGACGUAUUGCGGCUUUAAGUGGAAACAUAACGACACAAACUUAGCCAAAGAGGGCUUCUUCUCCGGCGUAUCCUUUCGUUUACGGCAUCCGGAGAUCCUAUUGGUUGAUAUGAAUACCAUUAACACUACCAGUAGUGGUCUUCCAGUUAAUCCAAUUAACGGAACCGUUGACGACAACAGCACCAGAGUAUUGGUACCCUUUUAUGAGGAUAAGAUCACGUUUCAGAUCUUUACGGCUGAAUCGCUGGCAUUUCCAAACACUGUUAAUCUAUUGGGCUAUCAGUUCUGCAAACUAUGGGAUAGCAAUCUAUCCAUGAGUUAUAUUUAUGCCAUUAAAUACUAUUUACCCAAAGAUGAUGUCUAUUAUGUGUUUCGUUAUCUGAACAAAACGUGGAGUUGUGGUCAGAAUUGCGGUCCAAAUACACCUUUAAGUCUAAUCGAUUUGAGCAACAAUUUGACCACAAUUUUAACAUCCCAAAUGUUUGGUACAAAUCAGACUUUAAGAAGUCUCUUUGGUUGUGAACAAUAUCACUACGAAUCCUAUCCUUCAUUCAAACCAAACGACUUCUGCGGAACCGAUCAAAGACUUGAGAGUGUCUUCGGAUUAGGAAAUGAUCUCUACUUUCAAAAUAACGCCAAAUUCUGGAAGUGGUCUGACGUUAGCUUCAAAAGUGGUGCCAAUCCUAACAUCAAAUCAGAGUCCAUUUUCUUUGACUCAGAUUUUACAACAAUUCUCAACAAAUUUCAUAUCGACACGACUAAACCUGUGAUGGGAUUUACAUUCAAACUCUAUUCUUCCUUGACUUCUAAUGUCAACGAAUGUCUCACAAAUGCGGAUACAAUUCGUUGUCAACUCUACUUAAACCCACACUAUUAUAGGGCCUGUAUUUACGCCGAAGUCAUAGACAAUAAAACAAUCGGCAAAUUAAAGGACAGUUUUGAACGAAAAGCGUUUGCCUUUCAGUACACGCCGUCGGGUCUGAAGGCGUUUCCAGUCGUCGGAAACUCGGAUUCAAAGACCAGUCAUUCGGUAUUCAGUGAAACACAACUAAUUUGCAAUAAUAUUCGCAAUGCAUUC